UACUGUGUUGUGGUUCCAAAAGAGGAAAAACUUUGGGGAAACGUAGCAUUAGGUUGGGGGAAGAAAAAUGCAUCUGAGCGAAAACGAAGGGAUAGAGAAGUACAGUUUCGUGGUUACAGGUGGACUCGGUUUUAUAGGCGCCGCACUUUGUCUUGAACUCGUCAGAAGGGGUGCUCGUCUUGUUAAAGCAUUUGAUCUUAGAACCCAUUCUCCUUGGUCAUCUCAACUCACUCAAUAUGGGGUUCACCUCAUCCAGGGGGAUAUAACAGACAAACAACAAGUCCAGAAAGCACUACAAGGGUCAGAUUGUGUUUUCCAUCUUGCUUCUUAUGGCAUGUCGGGGAAAGAAAUGCUUCAAUAUAGUCGUGUUGAUGAGGUCAAUAUUAAUGGAACCUGCCACAUUAUUGAUGCUUGCCUUGACCAUCAGAUUAAGAGGCUUGUUUAUGUCAGCACACCUAAUGUUGUUUAUGGUGGUAAGGAAAUUGUUAAUGGCAAUGAGAACCUACCUUAUUUUCCAAUAGAUGACCAUGUUGAUCCAUAUGGACGAAGCAAAUCAAUUGCUGAACAAUUGGUCCUAAAGAGUAACGGUCGUCCCUUCACUAAGAAGAAUGGCAAAUGCCUUUACACCUGUGCAAUUCGUCCAGCUGCUAUAUAUGGUCCAGGUGAAGAAAGGCACCUGCCGAGGAUCAUAACUCUUACAAAGCUAGGUCUGUUUCCCUUUAAAAUCGGUUCACCAAAUGUAAAAUCAGAUUGGGUGUACGUCGACAAUCUUGUAUUGGCACUUUUAUUGGCUAGCAUGGGACUUUUGGAUGACAUCCCUGGCAGAGAAGGGCUUCCAAUUGCUGCUGGUCAACCUUAUUUUAUAUCAGAUGGUUCUCCCAUCAACAGUUUCGAGUUCCUUCGCCCUUUACUGAAAAGCCUGGAUUAUGAUCUACCAAAGACAUCACUAGCUGUCUCUCAUGCUCUUCUUCUGGGAAAAAUUUUCUGGGCUUUCUACUCCUUUCUGUAUCCUUGGUUGAAUAGUAGGUGGCUUCCUCAACCUCUGAUCCUUCCUGCUGAAGUCUACAAGGUUGGUGUCACUCAUUACUUUUCUUUCCUAAAAGCAAAAGAGGAACUUGGUUACGUCCCAAUGGUGAGUUCUAAGGAGGGCAUGGCUGCAACUAUUGCAUAUUGGCAAGAAAGAAAACGGAGGAGUUUGGACGGACCUACAAUAUGGGCAUGGCUGUUUUGUGUGAUUGGAAUGUCGGCAUUGUUUGCUGCUGCGUAUCUGCCUGAUUAUGGACCCAUUCCCUUUAUUAGAGCAGUUCACCUCUUCUUCUUUCGCUCUAUGUUGGCAUUGAAAGUUAUUUUUGUUCUAGCAGCUGCUGCACACGUAGGUGAAGCUAUAUAUGCAUGGAAUGUUGCAAAAACAAUAGAUCCUGCAAAUGCAAGAGGGUGGUUUUGGCAGACAUUUGCUUUGGGGAUAUUUUCCCUACGAUUACUUCUGAAGAGAGCUAAAAAGUAGG